AUGAGUCGUAGAACUUCAACAACAACUCCAAAUGCCCAGGACGGUGAGCCACAAGCCCGAAGGCAACGAAUGGACAUUGUCAACAAUGACAAUAACAGCGUGGGGCUUGAUAUUGAAGGAAUCAUUAGAGCUGAAAGGGCUAGAGCAACGGCGGUGGCAGUUCCCGCAGCAGCUCUGCAAAUUCCAAAUUUGGACCCAACAACUCUUUAUACGUCUAGUAACUACCUAUUCUGCGGUUGGCGCGCGAAUCAUCUGUUCGACUUAACAGGUCGUGUCACCUAUUCCCAUAGAGGACCUACAAUGCGGAGGGCUUUCGAUAGGGCGGAUUUGCUGCUGGAGGUGGGCUCCACAAAUGAUCUUCAAGCUAUUGGGAUUUAUGGUUACGAUGGUGGUGCGCAAAUUUUAGAACCUGCUCAGCAAAAUAAUAUAAUUCGGCUUUCUAUGUUAACAAUUGUAGAACAAACGGGGGCUCGCAAUAAUUGGACUGGAUCGCUUCCUUAUGUUUUGAGAUUUUCGAGGUCCAGUACUAUGCAAAUUAUUGGCAAUGCAAUGCCAAUUACUCCACUGCAGGACGCAAAUGGAAACAACAGCGAAAUUAUAAGCAAUAAUAAUAAUUUCGGAAUAGCUGCUAACAAUAACAUGGGAAAUGCUAUGCCCAAUAUGAAUGAAAGCGUGGGCGCAGGACUUCCGGUUAUUGGAUCAUCAUCAGCUCGAGGGAACCAACUAGUUAUGAACGAUGUUAUUGGAAAUCCGGGAACAAGUGGUUCAUCGCGUGGGGUACAUCCAUUUUUCAAUUAA